CAAAAAAAAAAAAAAACAAUCAAUCGUCAUUUCUCGUAUGAUGAAGAUUUUUUAUCUUUCAUAAUUUUCUUCUUGUUUUAGAAGCUGUCCUUUUUCCAAACCAUCUUCCAUAGGGCAGCCUUGGGGUUCAUCCGAGGCAGCUUGUUACUCUAAAAUUCUCCUCCAAAAAUGCAGGUCUAUCGACGUUUUUUCAUUUUGUUGUUCUCUUCUAUUCUGUUUUCAUUCUCUGUUGCACUCUCUGACCAUGAAGCAUCACUUCUUGCACGACGACAACUCUCAACACUUCCUGAAAAUGGUAAAUUACCCGAUAACUAUGAAUUUGAGGUCCAUGUAAAUUACACAUUUCCGAAUUCCAGGCUUAGACGUGCCUACAUUGCAUUAAAGGCAUGGAAAGAAGCUGUAUAUUCUGACCCUUAUAAAUUCACCAACAAUUGGAAAGGUCCAGAUGUUUGUAAGUACAAGGGCGUGUUCUGUUCGCCAGCUUUAGAUGACCCUAAUGUCACUGUUGUUGCUGGCAUUGAUCUAAAUCAUGCAGAUAUAGCAGGCUAUCUACCUGUAGAAUUAGGAUUAUUGACAGAUGCAGCUUUGUUCCAUCUCAAUUCCAAUAGAUUUUGUGGAAUUAUUCCAGAGAGUUUCUCUAGGCUUAGAUUGAUGCAUGAGUUAGAUCUUAGUAAUAAUCGUCUUGUUGGCCCUUUUCCUAAGGUUGUUCUAAACUUGCCUAACCUUAAAUACUUGGAUUUAAGGUUUAACAACUUUGAGGGAGAGUUGCCACCACAAUUGUUUGACAAAGAUCUUGAUGCUUUAUUCUUGAAUGACAAUCGAUUCGUCUCCACCACACCUGAGACUAUUGGAAAUUCAUCAGCUUCUGUUAUUGUGUUUGCUAAUAACAAAUUCCAUGGUUGUAUUCCAAACAGCAUCGGAAAGAUGUCAAAGUUGGACGAGAUUGUAUUCAUGAACAAUGAUUUAGGUGGAUGUUUGCCUGUUGAAGUCGGGUUGUUAAAGAAUGUAACAGUGUUUGAUGUUGCUGGGAAUUCAUUUUCUGGGAUUUUGCCAAAGACUCUUAAUGAUCUUUCACAUGUUGAACAAUUGGAUCUUUCACACAAUACCUUAACUGGAUUCGUGCAGGAGAAUCUAUGUCGUCUUCCAAAUUUGAAGAAUUUCACGUUUUCAUUCAAUUACUUCAAUGGCGAGGCUAAAGGUUGUGAACCACAUAUGAGGAAAGAUGUGAUUUUUGAUGAUACUAAUAAUUGUUUGCCUGAUAGACCAAAACAAAAGUCUCAAAAACAGUGUCAACCUACUGUGAACAAGCCAAUUGAUUGUAGAAAGGCUAAAUGUGGAGCAUCAUCAUCAAAAUCUCCUCCUCAUAAGGAGAAGGAAAAGGAAAAGAAGCCAUUGCCACCAAAACCAAAGCCUAAUCAUCCUACCCCUAAACCAUCUCCAAAGCCUCAAGUUUACACUCCACCACCAACCCAAAAGAAGGCUUCUCCUCCUCCACGUUUGAAAUCGACUCCACCGCCACCUGUUCCUCCUCCUCCUCAUGUUUCCUCUCCACCACCACCCGUCCACUCUCCACCACCCGUCCACUCUCCACCACCCGUCCACUCUCAACCACCUCCUCCAAGGUUGUCUCCGCCUCCACCUUUUGAAAAUGUUGUCCUUUCACCAAACAUUGGUUCAAUUUAUGCAUCACCACCUCCGCCUAUCUUCCCUGGAUAUUAAAGUCUGUUUCUUUUCACCUCUCUAAUUAAUUAGUAGCGUGAAUAGUACACGUAGAACUGCAUCAUCUAUAUAUCUCUUGUUGUUAAGAGUAUAUCUUGUAUACGAUGAUGUUUUGUCUUUUUUCCUUUUAACUGAUAGGUAUCAUGUUGGAAGGAUUGUAUAUGGAAUUGUUGUAAGAGUUAGUUUCGUAUCUUGA